CGAUUCCAUCCCAGCGCGCAGAAAGACAGGGCAAGCAGAACGAGGAAUACGCGCGCAUCAGAGCGGAAGAAGGGCUGGCAGAUGGCAUCUACCGCCGUCACAGAGCUUGUUUACCUAACCUUCAGAGAAGGUGUGAAGCCCGAGGACCCCGAAAACUAUGACGGACGGGUCUUCACUGACACCCUCGAGGCCGUGAAGCUGCAGAGUGGCUACCUGUAUUCGAGCUGGGGCAGGACCGUGGCGGAUGAGAACGAUAUUGUUUGGGUUGUUUCAUGGAAGGACAACACAUCCUCUGUUCCCCUCAGCCAAAUCGCCCCAAUCCUCGCGCCCACCUCAGCCCCAAUAACAAUCCACACAACCCUCACCCCAUCCGUCCCCCUCAAAGACCUCGCCGCAACACCAAUCGUCGAAGUCGCCAUCCUCCCUUUCCCCAGCGCCCUCCCUUCGGCAGAGAAAUCCUUCAUAAACACCUCCCUAUCAAACCUGCGCACCGCCCUGCUAAACAUCAAGCCCCCCGAUGACGACGACGGCCGGCCGGCCACCGAGGAUCAGCGGGCGCGUAGCCAGCAGCGGACACAGACAUCCCUGUCGUCGUCGGCAUCGUCGUCGCGGACGAGGUUGGGGGAUCCGGGCCCGCCACGCUGGUUAUCACUUGGGUGGGUCGAGAGGCCUGGAACGGUCGAGCAUGCCGACAGCGCGUCCGGGGAGGCGGAGCUGGCGAUCCUGGUGAUUGGAUGGGAGAGCAUACAGGAGCAUGAGGCUGCGAUUGGGACGGAUGAGUUUGAAAGAGCUAUUGCGCCGGUUAGGAGGAAGAUGUUGCCUGGGAUCAAGGUGUUGGAGAUGAGGUAUGUUAAGUUUUGGGAGGAAGACCGAGAGAAAGGGGAGGGGGAGGGGGAGGGGAGAGUUGGGAGCUGAAAGUCGGGAAAUGUGCAUGUGUGGUGCGAUAAUCGUGCUUACGGUUGGAUGAGAGGGGACAGAGCGGCCUGAAGACAAAAAUAAUCUGCGAGAAGUGGAGAAGGAGGGAGGGGGACGUAAAUCUGCUGGUGUAAUAUUUCUUCGCGAGAAGUGGUUGGGGGGAAUUUUGGCAAAUUGGAAGGGCUAGCUAUUGUACUUCAGUUUUGGCAUUUUGGAGGGGGUAAAAAGCUAGACCUUCAUCGAGCUAUCAGGAAGUCAGGUCGUCUGCACUGGCGGACCAAUACAGAUACGUAUACAUCCAAUGGGUCCAAUGUUCCCAGUGCCAGCUCGACAGGCUUAAUCGAAGUCGUGAAUCUGCGGUUCCAACUAGCUAACCGUCAAGUCAGGGCAGGAUUCUUCCCAUGACCGGUGGUUGCGAGAUAACCGGAUUGAAGAAAUAUUAAAAUUUUUCAUGGUAGUCGAGUCAGUAUGAGAUUCGCCAUUAUUAUCUGUUCGGGGUAAAAAUACACCGGGAGAAGAACGGAAAAUGAAGAACAUCAUAUAAUGUUGACCAAUAGUCUUAGACGGUUUAAACAACAGUUGAGAAGUAAAGGAUAAAAAAAAGGGAAAGACAAGCAAAAAUAAAACAGAGUCGGAAUUAACACAGAAGGUAGAAAACCCGUGGUAAGGAAUUAAAAUUCAAACAAACGGAGCAAGUAGGAUAAGCAAAGGUACAAGUUCAAAUUUGUAAUAAAAACUGCUUUUCAAUCAAAACUCCCCAACCUGAGCAGAAGGGAGAUAACAUGAAAAAUAAUGGA